CACCGGAUGUUGUUGUCAGGAGACAGUACUUCCUCCUCGCGGAUUUCUCCUGCAUAAUUUCACCCCCAGUUAUCUUCUUUUUUGCUUCAGUUAAGCUAAAAAUACUUAAUGUGGAGGAAACACGGAGAUAAGUGAAAUGUCUGCGAAGCCGACUUGUUUGAUUGUGGCGAGCGCGUCUCCUCAGGGGGUGUCAGCAGCGUCUUUCCAUCAGUCCUUCAGCCUCUGUACCUCAGUGUUUAAUCUCCAAACAGCCACACCCGGGGGGAAGCCAAUAGACUUUAUUGGAGUCGAUGAAAGCACUGCUAGAUGGGUGCAGGACUUCAACGUAAAACCCUACGCAACACCUGCCAAACUUGAAUCUAUAGAUGGUGCUCGAUACCAGGCGCUGCUCAUCCCGGACUGCCCCGGAGCGCUGAAUGACCUGGCACACAGCGGCUCUCUGCACCGCAUUCUCACACACUUCAUCUCUCACCAAAAACCUGUUUGUGCGGUGGGGCAAGGAGUGUCGGCACUGUGCUGUGCCACCGAGGGACAGAGUUGGAUCUUCAGUGGCUACAGCUUAACAGGGCCAUCUGUGUUUGAACUGGUGCGGAGGCCUGACUUUGCCAACCUGCCCUUGGUUGUGGAAGACUUUGUGAAAGACAGUGGUGGAUCAUACACAGCAAGUCAAGAAGAUGCUGUGCACGUAGUCAUAGACAGACACCUGAUUACUGGGCAGAAUAUGCAGUCAACCACACUCGCUGUAAAUAAUCUAAUUCUGCUCUCUAGUGCCAAGUAAAAACAGGAAGUGUUAAAAACCAGAGAACUCAAAUUCAACUGCUCACUUGUUCCACAUUUAUAUUCAUGUAAUUAAACAAACAUUCAUCUCUGACAAAUAUUGGAAGAUGCUGGUCAGAACAGAUGUUUGGUUACUUGUCAGUGUUGUUAUUAUAAACCUAAUAAAAAGCCACACAAUCAAA